AUGAUUUCAAAAACCACGCGAGCUGCUACUGCAGCAGCAAUAAGGGCGGCUGCACACAUGCGUGCGGCCGCGGAAAGUGCCUUUCACACCUCAGCAUCAAGCGAUUCGUCGCCUGUUCUUGUGAAUCGUCCACGUGGUGAGUCACCACGUGCGACGGGUACAUCCGCUGCAUCUGCAGCGGGUACCUCAGGUCGUUAUCACGAUGAGUCUGAGGUAGAGCUCAUCCAUUCUGGCGAGUCAAGUGAUGCUUCUGACUCGAAGGCGACACCUCACGCCUCCGGAUCACCCGGGGCGGACACUGCAAGAGCCAGGUUGACUGGCUCUGGUCAACGUGGCAGUAUCAUGUCCGAGAUCUUCGGAUCGAGCGAUUGUAUGACGUUGUGA